AUGAAGGAGCAUCUGAACUUAUUCGACACAACCGCGAUGGAGACGAGGAAUGCUGCAAGUGUUCAAGCUGAACACAACGAUGAAGAACGAGAUCCGCACAGGUACAACAAAGCAGAGGUGGAGACGAGGAAUGCCGUAUCUGUGCUACACGACGGAAGCGUGAAGAGGAAGAGUGCCUGCUGCCACGGUGCAAUAGAAGGUAAUGCUGCUUUAUACGGCAGAGCUGAAGAAGACCAAUGUCGCAUAGCUAUAAUAAAACACGGUAGCGGUGAGAAGAUAAAUCUGGAGAGGCUCGACACGACAGACAUGAAGAAAACGAACGCCGCAUAG